AUGGCCGCCGAGGCGCGCGUGUCGCGCUGGUACUUCGGGGGGCUGGCUUCCUGCGGGGCCGCCUGCUGCACGCACCCGCUGGACCUGCUCAAGGUGCACCUGCAGACGCAGCAGGAGGUGAAGCUGCGCAUGACAGGCAUGGCGCUGCGGGUGGUACGCACUGACGGCUUCCUUGCCCUCUACAACGGCCUGAGCGCCUCCCUCUGUAGACAGAUGACCUACUCCCUGACACGCUUCGCCAUCUACGAGACCAUGCGUGACCGUCUGAGCAAGGGCAGCAAAGGGCCACUGCCUUUCUACAAGAAGGUGCUGCUGGGAGCCAUUGGAGGUUUCACGGGCGGCUUUGUGGGAACCCCCGCGGAUAUGGUCAAUGUCAGAAUGCAGAAUGACAUGAAACUGCCUCUGAACCAGCGACGCAACUACGCCCACGCCCUGGAUGGCCUGUACCGUGUGGCCCGUGAAGAGGGUCUCAGGAAGCUCUUCUCGGGUGGAACCAUGGCCUCCAGCCGCGGGGCGCUUGUCACUGUGGGUCAGCUGUCUUGCUACGAUCAGGCCAAGCAGCUGGUCCUCGGUACGGGCUACCUCGCUGACAACAUCCUCACCCAUUUUGUGGCCAGUUUCAUAGCGGGUGGGUGUGCCACCUUCUUGUGCCAACCCCUGGAUGUGCUCAAGACCCGCCUGAUGAAUGCCAAGGGCGAGUACCAGGGCGUGCUGCACUGCGCCAUGGAGACUGCCAAGCUGGGGCCUCUGGCUUUCUACAAGGGCCUCUUCCCUGCUGGCAUCCGCCUGGUGCCCCACACUGUGCUCACCUUUGUCUUCCUGGAGCAGCUUCGCAAACAUUUCGGCAUCAAAGUGCCGGCCUGA